CGGGGUAUUCCGUUGACAGGCUGCGGCAGAAGAAGAAAUUGGUUCUUCUCCUCAGUUGCUGCUUUUAGCGCAGUUAACGCCGGUUUAUAAAGGUACCUGUUAUAUUUAUUAAUAUCAUACAUCGGAUGUGUUGUGUCUUUAGCUUUGCGGGAUUGAAAUUCAAAGUGGGGGUCGCCUCUUCAGGCCGACUUGGUGGUUCCCACCCUCCGUGACGGACAUCAGGAAGCAGUCAUCCUGCAGACAGAAUGGCCGAACCUGAGCUUCUGUUAGACUCCAACAUCAGACUCUGGGUGGUUCUACCUAUUGUCUUCAUCACCUUUCUUGUCGGCGUGAUUCGGCAUUAUGUGUCUAUUCUUCUACAGAGUGACAAAAAGUUGACAUUAGAGCAGGUUUCAGACAGCCAGGUUCUUAUUCGAAGCAGAAUUCUCAGAGAAAAUGGAAAAUACAUUCCUAAACAGUCUUUUUUGAUGAGGAAAUUUUACUUUAACAAUCAAGAGGAUGGAUUUUUUAAGAAGACCAAAAGGAAGGUUGUUCCACCGUCUCCCAUGACAGACCCCAGCAUGCUUACAGACAUGAUGAAAGGUAACGUGACCAACGUGCUUCCCAUGAUCCUCAUCGGCGGCUGGAUCAACUGGACCUUUUCAGGAUUUGUAACAACAAAGGUUCCCUUUCCUCUCACCCUGCGAUUUAAGCCCAUGUUGCAGCAAGGAAUAGAGCUCCUCUCACUAGAUGCCUCCUGGGUGAGCUCAGCCUCAUGGUAUUUCCUAAAUGUCUUUGGACUGAGAAGCAUGUACUCAUUGAUAUUGGGUCAAGAUAACGGUGCCGACCAAUCAAGAAUCAUGCAGGAGCAAAUGAGUGGUGCUGCCAUGGCCAUGCCUGCUGAUACAAAUAAAGCUUUCAAAGCAGAGUGGGAGGCCCUGGAGCUGACUGACCACCAGUGGGCCCUGGAGAGUGUGGAGGACGAACUGAUGAGCAGGGAGCUGGACUUUGAUGGCAUGUUUAACAAGGAGCUGCCAAGCGGCAUCUUCUGAUGAACAGAUCUGAAAUUAGUCAUAGCAGGGAUUUGUGUUUUUUCUUUUUUUUUUUUUUUUUGUCUUUUCAUGAUGUGCAACGUUUACAAGUCUAUGGUCAUUAUGUGUUUAAGUAUUCAUUUUCCUGUCCAUAAAAUAACAUAAACAUGCUGUAGGUUCUUGCAGUCUCAUAUCUAUCCUCCUGAGACCCACAUGUUUUUAUUUUUUUUUUGUCCUCUGUGGAGGGCAUUGAUUUUUAGAUCUUCAAGCGAGCUCCAUAUGAGCUCUCUGUGGCCCAAUCCUAAACCGGCCCCUAAGCACUAGCCCUCUUUAAGAUCCACUGGUUUUUUUGCAUUUUCGUCAUACUGACAGAAAAUCACAAGUUAGGAAAAAGCAAAAAGAUGUCAUUAAUCCCUAAUGGGAAGGUCCUCUUUGAAAGAGUUUUAUUUGACAGCAUAAAUGUAUUUUUACGAAGGGAGCAAAUGUUUGAUGUCAUAUCAACAGUAGCUACUGGCAUGCACAUGGGGUGUCACAGUGUUGACAAAGAAAAUACUGGUUUCAUUUUCUCCCCACCUUCUAUCAAGGUACCCUCCAAAGCUGCGAGUGAGACUUCAUUAUGAGUGACUCUUCAUAGUUAGGGGGUCGUGCUUGGGAGGCGGUUUGGCAUCGGGCCUUUGUUGCGCCCGUUAAAUCUUGAAAUAUGCUGCCCAUAUUUCCAGGAUGAUGGAAAUCCCCUCAUUAACAUUUUGUUUAAAUCAUGUAACAUUUUAAUUGUCUUCUGUUGAUAAUGACAUUUCCCUGUUAAUGUGAAUAUCUGAAGUAGAAUUUAGGAAAUUCACAAAGUUUUAAUCCUCUCAAAGCAAGUUUUAUCCAGUGUGUCGUAGAGGACGAGUUCCUAGUGAUUAUUUUGAACCAUUUUUCUUCAGGUAUGAUGCAGCAACGGUUUUACUGAGACGUGGAUCAUACAUAAAAUGAGGCAGAAGAAGGCAACAGCUUUUAAGCAGUCUGCUCUGCAACUAAGUAAAAAGCCUGAGGAGCCAUUAUAUAAAAAUGUGUAUUCUAGGACUGUAUAACUUACUGACAUUGGCAUCUGUAAAUGGAAAAUGGAUGUGUAGCUGAUGGGUUUACAAACCUUAUCUGAGUGUUUGAAGCAAAACAAAUAGCUUUCUGGUAACAAAAGCUUUCAUUAGAAAUAAUGG